AUUAGGGUUUCUCAAACUCCACAUGUCAUAAGGGUUGGCCGCAUCCCUCUCUCCCUCUCUCUCUCUCUGAUCUAUAUCUGAGAGGCUGAGACUAACGCAUUCACUCUUCUCCUCUCUCGCCGUCUCCCUCUAUCACCUCCGGUUACUUUUGAUCUUCUAAGGAGCGAAUUCUAAAAGUUAGUCGAGAUGGUGAAGUUUACAGCUGAUGAGCUUCGGGCCAUUAUGGACCGCAAGCAUAACAUUCGUAAUAUGUCUGUUAUUGCACAUGUUGAUCAUGGUAAAUCAACUCUUACGGAUUCCCUUGUGGCUGCUGCGGGUAUCAUUGCCCAGGAAGUUGCUGGAGAUGUCCGUAUGACUGAUACCCGUGCAGAUGAGGCUGAGCGUGGUAUCACAAUCAAGUCCACUGGAAUCUCUCUCUACUAUGAAAUGACUGAUGAGGCACUGAAGGCCUACAAGGGAGAGAGGAAUGGUAAUGAGUAUCUGAUCAACCUGAUUGAUUCUCCUGGGCACGUUGAUUUCUCGUCUGAGGUCACGGCUGCCCUUCGUAUUACGGAUGGUGCUCUGGUGGUCGUGGAUUGCAUUGAGGGUGUCUGUGUCCAAACUGAGACUGUGCUCCGUCAGGCUUUGGGUGAGAGGAUCAGGCCCGUCUUGACAGUGAACAAGAUGGACAGGUGCUUCCUCGAGCUUCAGGUCGAUGGAGAAGAGGCCUAUCAGACUUUCCAGAGGGUUAUUGAGAACGCUAAUGUGAUUAUGGCAACAUAUGAGGACCCUCUUCUGGGUGAUGUUCAGGUGUAUCCCGAAAAAGGAACAGUUGCAUUCUCUGCUGGUCUGCACGGGUGGGCCUUUACCCUCACCAACUUCGCGAAGAUGUAUGCCUCCAAGUUCGGCGUGGACGAGUCGAAGAUGAUGGAGCGUCUCUGGGGUGAAAACUUCUUCGACCCUGCAACCAAGAAGUGGACCAGCAAGAACACAGGGUCUGCUACUUGUAAGCGUGGGUUCGUGCAGUUCUGCUACGAGCCCAUCAAGCAGAUCAUCAGCACUUGCAUGAACGACCAGAAGGACAAGCUGUGGCCCAUGUUGCAGAAGCUGGGAGUCACCAUGAAGGCUGACGAGAAGGAAUUGAUGGGGAAGGCGUUGAUGAAGCGUGUGUUGCAGACAUGGCUUCCUGCAAGCAGCGCUUUGUUGGAAAUGAUGGUCUAUCACCUCCCGUCUCCUGCCACUGCGCAGAAGUAUCGUGUGGAGAACCUGUACGAAGGUCCUCUUGAUGAUGCCUAUGCCACAGCAAUCAGGAACUGUGAUCCCGAGGGGCCUCUUAUGCUUUAUGUUUCUAAGAUGAUUCCGGCUUCUGAUAAGGGAAGGUUCUUUGCUUUCGGCCGUGUGUUCUCUGGUAAGGUCGCAACUGGCAUGAAGGUUAGGAUCAUGGGCCCGAACUUUGUCCCUGGUGAGAAGAAGGAUCUUUACGUCAAGAGUGUCCAGAGGACUGUGAUUUGGAUGGGAAAGAAGCAGGAGACAGUGGAGGAUGUCCCAUGUGGGAACACUGUGGCUAUGGUCGGUCUAGACCAGUUCAUCACCAAGAAUGCAACCCUGACAAAUGAGAAGGAAGUGGACGCCCACCCUAUCCGUGCUAUGAAGUUCUCUGUGUCACCAGUCGUUCGUGUUGCUGUUCAGUGCAAGGUCGCUUCUGACCUUCCCAAGCUUGUAGAAGGGCUUAAGCGUCUCGCCAAGUCGGAUCCUAUGGUGGUGUGUACCAUUGAGGAGUCGGGCGAGCACAUUAUUGCUGGUGCUGGAGAGCUCCAUCUCGAGAUCUGCUUGAAGGAUCUCCAAGAAGACUUCAUGGGAGGUGCUGAGAUUGUGAAAUCUGAUCCUGUCGUGUCCUUUAGGGAAACUGUGCUUGAGAAAUCCUGCCGCACUGUGAUGAGCAAGUCCCCGAACAAGCACAACCGUCUCUACAUGGAGGCCAGGCCUCUUGAGGAGGGGCUCGCUGAGGCCAUCGAUGAUGGAAAGAUCGGCCCGAGAGACGACCCCAAGGUUCGGUCUAAGAUCCUGUCGGAGGAGUUUGGUUGGGACAAGGACCUUGCCAAGAAGAUCUGGUGCUUUGGACCAGAAACGACUGGGCCCAACAUGGUCGUGGACAUGUGUAAGGGAGUCCAGUACCUCAAUGAAAUCAAGGACUCUGUCGUUGCGGGUUUCCAGUGGGCCUCUAAGGAAGGAGCUCUGGCUGAAGAGAACAUGCGAGGAAUCUGCUUUGAGGUCUGCGAUGUGGUCCUCCAUGCCGAUGCCAUCCACAGAGGAGGCGGGCAGGUUAUCCCUACUGCAAGGAGGGUCAUUUACGCAUCCCAAUUGACUGCAAAGCCAAGGCUCCUCGAGCCCGUCUACUUGGUCGAGAUCCAAGCUCCCGAGCAGGCACUAGGAGGUAUCUACUCAGUCCUGAACCAGAAGAGAGGGCACGUGUUUGAGGAGAUUCAGAGGCCAGGCACCCCUCUGUACAACAUCAAGGCGUACCUCCCUGUGAUAGAGUCGUUCGGGUUCUCGAGUACACUGAGGGCCGCGACAUCCGGUCAGGCCUUCCCUCAGUGUGUGUUUGAUCACUGGGACAUGAUGCCAUCGGAUCCUCUGGAGCCAGGCUCUCAGGCUGCCCAGCACGUGGUUGACAUCAGGAAGAGGAAGGGCUUGAAGGAGCAGAUGACCCCUCUGUCCGAGUUCGAGGACAAGCUAUAAAUGCAUCUCUGCUUCUGCUGCUGCAGCUCUUUGCAGUUCAAAUCGAACAGAUCCGGCUAUAGGAACGAUCCCCUGUUGGACUAUUUCUUUAUCUCGAGUGUCUUAUGCGAUAGUACUAGCAGCUGUAGUAACUUGAUACAGUUGGGGUCAGUAGUCCCUGGUUUUGUCGAGGGGAGUUAUUUUGCCUUAAUUGUCAUGAGCGAUUUUUUUCGUUUCUUUACAUACUGGUGGGAAUACCCUGCUAUUUGUGAUUUGUAUGGACCGAUGGAUUUUUCAUCUAUUUGAUUAAGGUUCUGCAUACUCUUUCAA